AUGCCUUUUGGACUCUCGGCUGGGAGCACUCGUUCCGAGGAUGGAAGUGAGGCCUUCCUGGAGGGAAUGGUAGACUGGGAGCUGAGCCGACUGCAGCGACAAUGCAAAGUGAUGGAAGACGAAAGGCGAGCCUACAGCAAAGAAGUCCAUCAGCGCAUCAACAAGCAGCUUGAGGAGAUCCAGCGCCUGGAGGGGGUGCGACACAAGCUGCAGGUGCAGAUCAGCAUUGCCCAGAGCCAGGUCAGGCGGCUGCGGGACAGCGAGAGGCUGGAGAACAUGGGUCACCUGCUCAAGUGCCAGGUCCGGGUGCAGGCCGAGGUCAAGGAGCUGCAGGCACAGAACCAAGCCCUGGACAGGCAGAUCCAGGAAUGGGAGAGCCGGAACUCUGCCCACAGCAAGAAUGCCAGGUCUCCAGGAUGCGUCCAGGAUCACAAGGUCAAGAGCCAGCGAAGGAUCAAGAGUCUCGAAAACCAGCUGGACAAGGUCAUCUGUCGCUUUGACAUCCAGCUGGCUCAGAACGCGACCUUGAGGGAGGAGCUAGAUCUCCUGCGGAUCGAGAGGAACCGCUAUCUGAACGUGGACCGCAAGCUCCAGAAGGAGGCGCAGCUCCUGAAGGACUCGGUCAGGAGCCUCAUGGUCUCCUCCACCUCCGCCUACACUGCCAGGGAAGAGGCGAAGACCAAGUUAGGCAUGCUCCGGGAGAGAGCUGAGAAGGAGGUGGCCCAGAACGAGACGGAGGUGCAGAUCUUGCAGCGGCAGAUCGCGCACUUGGAGCAGCUGCACCGCUUCCUCAAGCUCAAGAACGGCGACCGGCAGCCGGAUUCCGCCAUCGUGGAGAAGCGCGAGCAGCGGGCCCAGGAGGUGGCCGAAGGCCUCCGGAAGACCUCCCAGGAGAAGUUGGUGCUGCGCUACGAGGACGCCCUGAAUAAACUGUCCCAGCUGACCGGGGAGACCGACCCGGACUUGCUGGUGGAAAAGUAUCUGGAGUUGGAGGAGCGGAACUUCGCGGAGUUCAACUUCAUCAAUGAACAGAACUCGGAGCUGGAGCACUUGCAGGAGGAGAUCAAGGAGAUGCAGGAGGCCUUGGUGAGCGGGCGCCGCAGCGAGGAGGACCGGCGAGCGCAGCAGGAGCAGCAGCGGGCCGAGUUGCAGCAGCGCGUGGACGAUGUGCACUUGGAGGCCGACGACCUGGAAGCCCGCUACCACAAUUUUCGCGGGCAGCUGGAGAAGCUCAAGACCAACAUCCAGCACCUCUUCACCAGGGUCCAGUGUGACAGCACCCUCAUCAGUGACCUCCUAGGGGUCAAGACCCACAUGAGAGACCGGGACAUCAGCCUUUUCCUGAGCCUCAUCGAGAGGCGACUGGUGCAGCUCCUGACGGUGCAGGCCUUCCUGGAAACGCAGAACUACACCUCCACCAGCAUGCUCAACGCUUCCCUCAUGGUGCUGGGCCAGAGCUCUGAGGAUUUUCCUAAGAAGGUGGCCCCGCCUCAGCCCCCAGACAACCUGGAGGACCCCCCAGGUUUUGAGGCCAAAGACGACUAUCCUUUGAGCAAGGAGGAGCUACUGAGCUCUGUGGUGAAGGCGCUGGAGGCCCGGGAGCAGUCGAAGGAGCAGCACCUGAAGGAGCUGGUCGAGGGCAUCAAGGUGGAGAGCACCCCGAGCAUGACCUCCAGCACCCCGAAGGUCAGCUCCAGCUCGCGCCUGGUGACCCAGCGGCCCACUCAAGCCCCCGGGUCCAUCAUGAGCCACAAGACCAGCGGCAUCCUGGUGUCCAGCGGCGGCCGCGCCACCAGCUCCAACGUGGGCCACGUGACCUUCGGGGAGUCCAGCGCAGGCCACGUGACCUUCGGCUCCACCAGCGCCACCACGGGGGGACUGAUGUCCAGUCGAGGCUCCACCCCGGGCCGCGUGACCUUCCGAUCCCCCAACUCUAGCAGCUACCUGGGGUCCACUGGAUACGUGGGGUCCAGCAGAGACCACGAGAGCUUUGAGGCGAGCAAAGGCCCUGGGUCAGAAUCGAGUGGAGGCCCCGGGUCCAGCCCCGGCCCUGCCUCCAGCACCGGCCAGGCGUCCACCACCAGCAAGGACUCCGGGAACAACUACUAG